AUGGCUCACACUUAUGGUAUAUUCCCUCCAACUCUCUCAUCUCGUAUCAGUUCUCCUCAACCAGAUGCAAUGACUAUGGUUCCUUGUCCUGAUCCCAACUGCGAAGGUGAAAACAAACCAAAAGCGAAAUUCUGUAGUGAAUGUGGUCGUCCUCUGACCGGUGCUUCUCGUGCUUCAACUCCUGCUAUGUCUGCUUUCAGUCCUCAACAGACUUAUCCUUACAUGUCACCCUCUUACGGAAUGAAUCAACAAUAUUAUGGAAAUCAAGGUUAUCCUGAUCAACAAAUCGUCCAACAACCUCCUGUCCCAGAAACUCCAGCACCAGAUCCAUUGCAGCGAAAUAGAGGUCAUCCCUUGGCCAGUUUUGGAUUCGGAGGCAAAUUAUGUUUAAUAUUCCCUAGUAAAUUGAAUGUUCAAGAUGCCAACGCCAAGAUCAUGCCAGGUUUAGUACAAAUGAAAAAUAUCAAGGAACUUGUUCUACCUGAUGCCAGUCCAUUAUCUGAUUUUGUGGGCCCUGUUUUAUUGGAUCCUUCCAUGGAUAUUGCUACCAAGAAAGAAUCUGCUGCUACCUAUAUGGGUCAUCGCAUCCAAGAUUUUUACUCUCAAUUACAAUCUUUGGAACAAGGUUCUUCUGACUACUAUCGUUUGGAAAACAAGUCGCUCUUGUGGCAAUUGGUGAAAAUGUUGAUUCUUGAAGACUUUUCUGGAAACAGUGACGGAAAGGACGCUGCUAUCAGGUCAUUGUUGCAUCCUGGUCAAUUCAUUGUAGAAAGCGAUACUCUUGCAAUGAUCCGAAAUUACUUGCUUCAGGGUGAUCGUUCUAGUGCUCUUCAAUACACCAUUCAAGAAAAAAUGUGGGCUCAUGGUUUGAUUAUUGGUAAAUCUAUCGAUCAAGGAACGUUUGCCAGUGUGGUGGAUCAAUUUGUAGACCAAGCUUUAGCAACUACUAUUGAAAAUGAACAUACAGGAUUCUAUCAAAAUGCUCUUGGUGACCGCCCUUCUCUUCGUGUCUUAUAUUCCUUGUUUGCUGGAACAGGGUCCAAUUCUGUCUCUCAUUUUAUUCCAAGUUAUUCAACUCAAGCUAUUGAACAGCAACUUUCAGAAUGGCGUGAGACCGUGGCUCUUAUUUUGGCUAAUCGUGUGGAGCAAUCGGAUGAAACAAUUCAUAGUCUGGGAAAUAUUUUGAAAGAAAAUGGGUGGAUGGAUGCUGCCAAUAUAUGUUUCAUUCUUUCUUCCUCAAAAUCAUUCUUUGAUGACGAAUGGUUAGAUGGUCAGCUUCUUGGAUCUCAAGAAGGCAAUGAUAUAUCAUCUCCCUUGGAUGCUCUUUAUAUUAGUGAAUUAUUUGAAUUUGCUCUUUCAUUGGAUCAACGACCUUCUAUCCUUCCAUUUUUACAAGGAUAUAAAUUGGUUCAUGCUUGGUGGUUAUCUGAUGCUGGUUAUGUGAAAGAAGCCUCUCAUUAUCUUCAAUCUAUUGUCAAUGGUCUCAUAUCUUAUGAUAGACCUAGCACUUACUUCCAUCAAGGCUUUUUGGACAAUCUCAAGGAAUUAGCUGAACUUUGUCGUGCGUCAUCUGAUCAAUCCGUUGGGUAA